GAAGGAAUGAGAAUACCGGUAGGCCUACUGGUAUAUAGUCAGUUAUUUGUGCACCAAAACGCGCUUUUUUGUUUACAUCUUUCUGUUGGUGGUGGAAAACGUACAUAUAACAACAUUAAUCUCAGACUAUGCUCCGAUUUUAGCUCGAGGAACACAUCUUCAUCCUAGGAUUGACCAUCUUUCAGAUAAGCUUAACGGGGAAUCACCCUUUCUGUCAUCAUUCGUAGACCCAGCCAUUUGCAUUCUACUCUGUUUGUUCCAUUCACCGAUGAUAAUGACGUCGUGAGACUUCUAUACGGGCUUCUAUAGUCUAGUCCAAAGGUGUGUGUCGUUUCAGGACUAACCGAACACACAGUGGUGGCGACAGUUUGAAUAAACGUUCUCACGAAAUAGAAUAAAAGAAACUCACUGAGGGAGAUAUUAGCGGAUAAAGAGGAGACGAGUAGAUAAAAGAACAUGAAUAAUACCAUUUUGGAUCUCGCCCAAUAGACCGUAAAUGCGGAACAACCUUUCUGAAAAAAGAUAGGGAUAUGUUUCACAUGUCGUUGUAAGGGACGCCAUUUCGUACAGAUAUACGACAAACUAUACAUGUGGAAUAUAUAUUGGUAUUAUUAAGCGGAGUUGACGCUUUACUUUAUUCUCAGAACCCAGAUGGAAAUAUACAGUAUCAGCAAUCAUCGGAGUUUGAGAAUAACUUGUUGAAUGCGAAGUAGGAGUGUAGCUGCCAGUGGGGCGUGUACUAUCCGAAGACGAUCGAUCUCGGGUCUAAAGCAAGCCUUCACAGACACGGAUUAGUUUUCCAUUUCAGCGUUGAUCAGCGUCAACACCCUAAUGGAUUUCAGUCACGACGCCCUCUAUAUGAAACACCUGGUCAGGGCACCUUAAUAUUGUGUGAUGAUUACCACUCAUUAUCAUAUAUGUUAACGACUCGAUCGGCUGUCAUCGAUGUCAACUAACCAAUCACAAACUCAACCAGCUGUGACGACAUCUCCGCCGAAUAUGGAUGGAUCUUCGGUUAACACAGGUGCCAUAAUUGGAGCUGUUGUAGCGGUUGUUGUAGCUAUUGUUGUUGUGGGCCUUGUUGUAUACUUCUGGUGCUAUUUCAAAAGAAAGAAGCAAAGUCAUAGUUUUCACGAAAGACAUCCGAUUGGAGAUCAAGCUCCCACUUUCCGUGUCCUAUCUACUUGGGAAGAAGCGAUAACCAACCAAGAAAAACAAAAAGACGCUUCAGAAUACACACCCGUGCAGAUGGGUUACUCCACACCAGACUUAAUAGCUGGGACUAAUGAUAGUGAAGUCAUUCAGAAUAAUCAAUAUGGACGAUUACGAAAUGAAACAAUCACGUCAGAAACUUCGAAAUUGCCGACGAUUGCCGAGGACGUCAAUGAACGCCCGCUGUCCGUAGGAUUCGAUAAUCCAGGAUUUGAUAUAGGAUUGGACGAAAUAUUUGAAACAUCAUUAUUUAACGGGCCAAUUAAGUUGGGUCGGGAAUCGAGUAGAGAAGAGGAGAGUGAUAAUGAAAGGAACUUAAGUCAAUCUCCAACUGAUCUUGAACAGGAUGUUUCGAUAAUUACGACUGAUCCUCCGGAUGAUCCUCCGUACGACCCCCCUGACGAAACAACGAUCGAAAGUCAUAAUAAAGAAGACGAUCAUGUAUCGACAAAAGAGAGUGAAUUAUCCGACGAUGUGAACGUUGAUACUGAAGAUGUUUCAGAAAAGAUUGAAGAAGUGAAUGAUACUAAUUCGGAGGAUAUCGAUAAUAGCCACGAUAACACUGGUUUUGAAAUGGAAGACGAUAUCAAUGCUACCAGUACAUCUCCAGAAUCACCAACAGAGUUUGAUAUGGAAAACGAUAUUGAUGCUACCGAUAUGCCAUCAGAAUCACCAACAUCGUCAUCGGACAUCGAUAAUCAUGAUAAUUCUACUUGAACAUAGGUGCAAUAAGAUCAGCUGGAGAUCAAACCAAUCCUAUCCGAAUUUAAAAGGAUGAUGAUGGUGUAAAUGCCAUGACUGUCAUUACGAAAUGUGUGGAAAAGUCAACAGUAAUGAUUCGUUUUGAGAGGCAUAGUGAAUCGCAUUUAGCAAGUAAUGGCAAGCCUUGAAGCCUUUCAUGAAGCAAUUUGCGAGUGAUUUUCAUCGACAACUAUUAUAAGCCACUGAAAUACUGUCAUUUGAUUGGCUAAGAGCAAGUCUAUUGGUGAAAACAAUAGAAAUCCACCCUUCUCACUUCACCCUGAUAAUUAUUGAUCAGACCCCUCCCCAAAGCCCCCACCCUUCUCACUUCUUCCUGAUAAUUUUUGAUCACACCCCUCCCCAAAGCCCCCACCCUUCUCACUUCUUCCUGAUAAUUUUUGAUCACACCCCUCCCCAAAGCCCCCACCCUUCUCACUUCUUCCUGAUAAUUAUUGAUCAGACCCCUCCCCAAAGCCCCCACCCUUCUCACUUCUUCCUGAUAAUAUUGAGCAGACCCCUUCCCAAAGCCCCCACCCUUCUCACUUCUUCCUGAUAAUUAUUGAUCAGACCCCUCCCCAAAGCCCCCACCCUUCUCACUUCUUCCUGAUAAUUAUUGAUCAGACCCCUUCCCAAAGCCCCCACCCUUCUCACCUCUUCCUGAUAAUUAUUGACUACAAUGGCCUACACUUCAAUAGUAAAUCAGUGAAACGUAAAUUCAUGAUGCAUAUAUUGUUAUCAACUGACUGAGAACAUUGAUGUGAAAAUGGUUGGGUCAAAUGAGAUGAAAGAAAAAUUACAUUUUUGUUCGUCCCGUUGAGUGAAAUACUUAUCAUAAAAAAUGGUAUAAUGUUUUAUUAAGUCAGUCUAUUGAAUAGCAAGGAUGUAUAGGGCGACGGGAUAGGACAGAUCGUCAGACAUAACUUAACGCCAUUUUGGCUCUUCUGGAUCAUGAAUCAACCCAGUUGAUGAGUUGUGCUACGAUAACCAAAUCUCAUAAACAUCGAAUACGAGCAAUGUCAUCAAUGUUUAGAUUUCAUUCCUUAAUAAAUCAAUAAGUUUCCAUUUCAGUUGAAAUCUCAUUAGACCAGCUUGGUGUUUUAUAGAGCUGUUUGUAAGUGAAGAGUGACUUAAAGAACGACUGGUGAUCCUUUCUUGUGGUAAAUGAUAUUCACCAUUAAAUGUUCAUUGGUGAUAAUUUAGCAUGUAAGAAAGAUUCACCAGUCGUUCUUAAAGUCGCUCUUAACUCACGAACAGCUUUAUGAAACGGCCCCCAGGUUGAUAAGUUUUUCAUCGAUUUAUGUGUUUCUAAAAACAUAAAUUAUACAUUUUUUAACGUAUUAAAAACAAAGUACUAUUCUACUCCUAUCUUCUUCGAAAUUGCGUUAAAUGGUCAUAUAACGAUCCAACAGAUAUUGAAGCCAUAAUGGGUUUUUUGCCAUCCCAUUGAAAUUUGUAAUUCAUAUGAAUAAAAUAAGAUAUUCGAUGCAAUACUGUAUCUUAUGCACGAAUAUAUUUCAAUCUUCUUAACAAUUAAUUAGCCGUACGCAGGGGGGGGGGGGUAGGGGCUUCACUGGAAUCUAAUUUUCUUGUUUAAACUUACAAAAUUUCCUCCACAAUCAUCUCGGUCGCUUCAUUUCGUUAUUUCAUUCAUUCUAGAAUUUUUUAGGCAGUUUGCUCCUUGGGAAACAAAAUAGUACAGGAUACGGCGAUGAGAAAGAUAUAUUACGUUAAGUAAUGGCUUUGUAUUUAUAAUGUCUUAUUUAUGUGAAAUUAGGUGUAGGCAAAUUUAUAUACACAUUAGUAUUGAGAUGUAUAGUUUCAUUUAAUGCAUUGUUUUUAUGAAUAAAUUCUAUACAGAUGAUUUAUGAUUAAUAAAGAGGAUAUAAAAAAGAACUGUUGUUUUAUUGGUUGUAAUGUCUUCAUGACUUACAAAUUUGUUCUUCUGUCGCAAUACCUGUGUGUCUAUGUGUCUGUACGUAUGCCCCCUUCUCUGUCUUUCUCUCUCUCAAUUAUUGUCUCCCUCAAUCAGCAUCACAAAGGCUUUUCUU